AUGAAUGUCGACACGAUCUCCGACUUCCUCGCCGAGCAGCGGGAUGAAGCACCCGAGGAGCUGCAGCCUCUUGUACUCGAGUUUGAGACGCUAUGGGAACGCAAGCUAUGGCACCAGCUCACGAACCAGCUGAUCGAGUUCUUCAACCACCCCGGCAGCGCACCCCAGCGCUUACAGUUUUAUAAGGUCUUCGUACUGAAGUUCGCCGACAAGAUCAACCAGCUCAAGCUUGUUGACCUUGCCCUGAAGGCAGCCACACAAUGUAGAGAUAACCAGGAACGCUUGUCCUUCAUGGAGGCUGUCGUCAAGAAGGUGGACAACGAAGAAUCGCAAGAUGCUUUGGUAUUUGCCACGAUCGCCGUUGCCCGUGUAAAGCUCGACCUCAACGAUCUCGACGGCGCGAGGAAAGACCUAGACCGAGCAGAACAAGUGCUGGAUAGCUUCGACUCGGUCGAGACGAUUGUGCACGCCGCAUUCUACCGCGCCAACGCCGACUACUACCAGGCCAAGGCUGACUUUGGCUCCUACUAUCGCAAUGCCCUUUUAUACCUGGCCUGCAUCGACAUCAAGUCUCUCUCGGCCAACGAGCAGCGCAGCCGCGCAUACGACCUAUCGAUCGCCGCGCUGGUGAGCACGAGCAUUUACAACUUUGGCGAGCUCCUGCUCCACCCGAUCUUGGACGCGUUAUCCGAGGAGCGCCCCGAGGACAAGUGGCUCCGCGAUCUCCUGUUUGCCUUCAACCGCGGCGACCUAGCCGCAUACGACGUGCUGUCCGGCCACAUUAAAUCGAACCCACUCCUCACGCAACAUAGCCGCCAGUUGCGGGAGAAAAUCUACCUAGCAGCCUUGACCGAGGCCGUCUUCCGUCGCCCUCCGCACGACCGCGCUAUGACCUUCGCCACGAUUGCCGCUGAAACCAAGGUGCGCCCCGGUGAAAUUGAGCACCUUAUUAUGAAAGCCCUGAGCCUAGGCCUGCUGCGCGGCACCAUCGACCAGGUGGAUCAAGUUGCCCACAUCAAUUGGGUCCAGCCCAAGGUGCUGGAUAUGAAGCAGAUUGAGAAUAUGCGGGGGCGGCUAAAGGAGUGGGACUCGAGUGUCAAUCAACUGGGCAACUGGAUCGAAAAUGUUGGGCAGGAUGUAUGGGCGGCGUAA